AUGGCACAGGAGCACAAGGCCAAAUCAACGAUCAACACUCAGUUGUCAAGCAUUCAAUCAACAAUCAAUGAUAUCAUUCAAGAGAUCAAGGAUAUCAAUCAUAUCAUCAACUUGGAGCAUCCAACAACAACAACAUCAAGUGAUAUGAGUAAUCAAGAGGGUCUUGAACAAAUGGUGGAGUCGAUCAAGUCAUGCUCAUCACUUGAUCAGUUCAUCAACAACAACAAAUCAAUCAUAUGCCCACAAGCUGUUGACGACAACCAGUCGUCAUUGACAUCGGCAUUAAACGACAAAGAACUGUUGACCAUGAUCAAGAAUCACACUCAACACAUGAAGCUCGUUAAAUAUGACGAUUUUGGCUCAUCAUCCAUGCUCAAACCAUAUCAAGUCAAGAUUGAUCAGGUCAGAUUGAACAACAUCAAGAAACAACUCACAUCUUGUCUGAGGCUGGCUAGUCCUCCGGUCCAAACAAUCAUUCCUCGCGAGUUCCAAAACUGUUUGGUCUCUAUCAAGGACAAGCAGAUGUAUCUGCUAUCACUGAAGACGAUGAGAUGGAACCAUAUCCAAGAUGCAUUCAAGUAUGAAGUCUCUUGCCAACCCAACUCAAUUGUCUACGCUCGUGGCAACAUCUAUGUGUUUGGCGGCAAGUCAUCAUCGUCAUCAUCAAAAUACAUGCGAUACUCAUUGGCCGAGAAACAAUGCUAUGUGGCAGAUAUCAUUGGCAUCAUUGGAGGCUGUUGCAUAUCUGUGUGCUAUGACGGGGAUGAGUUCAUCUACCUUGUCGGCGGCGAUAUCUCGGAUUUUAAUCUUGAUCGUGUUGACCGAUUCAGCAUUGACACUCAACAGUUUGAACACGUUGGUUAUCUCCCAUUCAGUGUGGCCUCCCCAUUUACCCACCUCCAUAACGACACGCUCUACAUCAUGAGCGGGUUUGAUCCCUGUCGGGAGCCUGAUCAUCAAUUCAUGGCAUACAACAUCCAUACUGGUGCCAGCCGAGUUGAUUUGGAGGAUCGAAUCUCAUAUGCUAGUUGUUUCGAUGGCAAUGACAGCCUUUGUCCUUUGAAAGAUGACUACCAUCAAACGGUGUACGUGGACCCAGAGAUUGGAAUCCUCAGCAUCACUGGCAAUGGUCAAAACUAUCAAUACUCAAUAGUUGAUGACAAAUGGACAUUGAUGAAGGACCUUGAUCUGUGGAAACGAUUUAACCAUGGAGGAUGUUUGAUUAGGUAG